GUUCGUGCACAUUUUGCAAAAUAUACAUAAUUUGCUGCAUUUUGUUUGCAUUUUAAUAACAUUAUCUUGACGAAUACCAAAAAUAAAGCUUACAUUUCUUUACCGGUGAAAAAUAUCUUGAAUAUUAGAAGAAAAGCACUAAUACAUAUAUUUGCAACUUAAACAAUAAUGAAAUAAAUAUUUUGUAUUGUCGAAUAUAGUCAAAUCAAAUCUUCUAAUCCUUAUAAAAAUUACAUAGUUACUUAUUUGUGGUGACAUAUAGUUCUCGGAAAUAUAAAUUAAUUAAAUUAUAACAUUAUAACAAAAUACCUUUUUUUUUUUUUACUUUUCACGUGAAAAUCGAAAUUACAAAAUGAAUGUUAAUAGUUUAUUAUCGCCUCGUCUGAUGGUGGGAGCCGCCAUAGUAGGCCUUGUCGGUGCUGCUGGAGUCUUUAUAUAUGAGCAAGUGUAUGCCGAAAAGCGAAGAGCAAUGCUUGUGAGCGAAGUUGCAAGAUUAGAUCGGCAAGUGGCUUCCAUGAGGACAGAGCUUGAGGCUCUUCGAGAGCUGCAGAAGGAGACACACUUGCGUCGCGCGCGUCCCAAGCCGCGGGUCAAGCGCGAGGCGGCGCCGGCGGGGGACGCUACGGACUCCGAGUACUUCACAGAUUGCCAAUCUUUAAUAGGCACAGAUAUCGACAUGGACAGCGAGGAGUUCUACGACGUGCCGUCUGACGAGGAGGACACCCUCCGCGAGUCCUUACGGAACGGACACGUUUCAAAAGUUGACAAUGAGAAAACAACAAUAACUGACGAUUCAAACACUUCGAAGGACAGCACGUAGCUCAAUUAUUAAAAAUUAUAGGUAUAAUAGACAAGACUUAAUAUGGUGUUAGCCGGGAUGGGUAUAGAUGUAAAGUUCUGGAUCAAAACUAUCACAUUAUUCGCGUAAUGGAUUCUAUAAUAAAACAUAAUCUCUACUUACACAAUACUUUAAUGUCCAAAUAUCUCGUAGUUAAUAGUCUGUUAUUGACGGUAUGUAAAAUUAUGAGCCAGAAUAAAUGUGAACCAUUUAAUAUGAGCCAUAAAUUAUGAUAGGGAAUUCGAUUAUUUUUGUAUGUUAAUAAUAUUAUAUAUAAUUUGAGUGAGUUUUUGGUCUAAUGCUAACAGUGACCAAGCUAUAUGUAUGUAUAUAUGUCUUAAGGGGAUAGAUGUGUAAAAUGGUGCGAGAACUAGGUUUAUAUAAUGGCGUUUUGUUUAUAAGAUGUCCUUUUGAUUUUCAACAUAUUAAAUAAAACUAGUAAUUUCCAUUGAAAGCUCUGCUACAGAAUAUCCAAUCAUAUACUCAAGUAUAUAAGUAUCAUAAUCAUUAUAUAUUUUAAUGGAAUUAGCUAAUUAGUAAUGCAUGCGUUGCAAUGCAUCUUUAAAAAUUGUGAGCAUUUAUCUGUUACACGUAGCGCCAUCUAUUGUCCAUUAAUGUCACCAUAACAGAGAUUUCAAGUAAAAACUACUGUAGAAUAUUUCAGCUCAAUUGUUUGGUAUGAGUGUAUAUGGGAAGAACAAAGAAGCGUUAAUCAUUACUAAUAAUGAAGGCGAAAGUGAGUUUGUUUGUUUGUUUGUUACGCUUUCAAAUCUUAACUUCCCUCCCCCAUACAACUCACAACGGACAAUUAUAUAUAGUAACUAUGCGUGUCAUUCCAAAUAGGAUAUUGAUUUAAUUUAUAUAAUGUAUGAUUAUGGCUUUAUAAACGUUGUUGAGUGGUUUAGUUAAAUACUUUUCUCUCAUUCUAUCAUCACUGAUGUGACAUUCGAAAGAACGAGACAGAGCAUUGUUUAACUAAUCACCUUUGCAACAUUUAUAGAUAAAACCGUUAUUAUGUUUAAUCAUUAUUUUAUUAAUUGAUAUCAAUAAUUCAAAAAUGGACUUAUGUAUUUCAAUAUUAUAUAAAAUGUUUAUGAUAUAUAACUGAUAAUUAAAUUUAAUGUAUACUUGAUGCUAUAUAUAAUAAUAUAAAUGCGAAAGCGUGUUCGUUUGUUAUGUUUUCAUGCCUUAAUACUUUCACUGUCAAGCUCAUUUAAUAUAACUACUCCGUAUGCCGCAAACAUUUUUACGAACGGUCGGAACGGUCGUCGGAUGCCAUUUUGUCCGUAACCGGGUUCACGUUCACCAGCGACGGGUGUAUUUAUUCUACUAAGUAAUUAUGACAAAAGAGUUUAAUAAAAUAUUAACUAUAUUGUCAUUUAACUAUUUAAUUCGAAAUGGUGGUCAAUAAAUUAAUAUUUAAAUAAAAUAUUUUUUCUGAUAAGUUAGUUACUCAAAAAAAAAUUAUCAAUUUAACAUUGCAUGGUAUAAUUUUCAUUUUUUUUUUUUUCAUUUUUGUCCGAUGUAUUCGUAUCUAUGUACAAUUGAUGUUUUUAUUUUUAUUUCAAAAUUCCAUUCAUAUUGAUGGUUUACCAACCCUAUCGUCGCAUCUGUAGAAAUGUAUAGUUACGUUUCGAAAUCGAGUCGUGAGGCAUACGGACGAAACACCUUUGUACGGAUACGGGCAGUGAAAGUGUUAACUACAUAACAUAUCGCUGUGAAAAUAAUGCAUACACGUUGUCAGACGUACAGAAAAGGACAGAGUACCUAACACUGCUCCCCCCCCCCCCUAAGACGAAUCCGUGGAAGUAAACUAGUAUAUAUAUUUCCGAAAAUAAAAAUAUGCACUGAAUUUCCCACCAAUACAUAAGUCAUUAGUUUUAUAGUUACAAUUAUAUAAAUAAUGAAAUGUAUUUAAAAUUAUAUUUUUAUAUGUUCGUCUUUUUGUUUCGACGUAGUCUCGAAUUGUCUCGAAGAUUUGAUAUUAGAUUUUUUUUUUGUUUAUUUUACAAUUAUAAAUCAAUAUUAUUAUAAAAUGACGAUAUAAUGUUAUAUAAAAUAAUAAUAGAUAAUGUUGAUUUUUGAUCUUCGAUUGAAACAAUAAUAAUUUCAUUUACAAAACAUAAUAUUUUUUUUAUUUACUAUGCUGGUACUAUUCAUUAAAAGGGGUAACAUAUAUAUAUUGUAAAAAAAUUAUGUACUAUAAUAUAGAUUCGAAAUAUUUUGCCGUUUUUUUUUUCUUUUUGUGUGUAUAUUUAUUUAUGUAUGUA